UUCUUCUACCUCUCCCUCAGUUCCUCACUUCGGCGAGGGAAGACACGUCGCGCGUUAAGCUGGCGCUCACACUGUGCGCGAUUCGUAGUAAAUUCGGCUCGUGUUUCGCGGACAUUCGUUGGACGUUCGUUAUCACUUGCCACACUGUUCGCGACGCGCAGUUUACCGUUCGUAGUGUGUCACCUGCCGCUUCGUUGGUGUCAACUUGGACAGCUCGCCACACCGGAAGCGGAAGUCGCGGAGACAGCGGAGCCGGAACCCCCGAAGCAGGUGUCCCUGCUAACCGGGGAACCUUAUGGGCCGCGAAUUCGUCUUGUUAGCGAGAAAGCCGAGGAGGAGAGCUCGGACGACGAGCCGGAGUCCGAGAACGAGGAAGACGCCAGAUAUCUUCAGGAAGAUCAUCCGGAAGUACCUUCCGAAUUCUGGAACAUACAGAAGCUCAUCAAAUAUAUGAAGGCCGGCAACCAGACCGCCACCAUGGUAUCCUUAUGCUUGCUGAAGGACAACGAUCUCACCGACAAGAUCAUACAGAAGGUUAUUCAAGAAAUGGGCGGUCUCGAAGUUCUAGUGAAUCUCCUCGAAACGAGCGACAUUAAAUGUCAGAACGGCUCGUUGUCAGUUCUGCUGCAAAUCGCGACUUCCACGGAAAUGAAGCGAUAUUUAAUCGACUUGGACAUCACGACACCAUUGAUCCAAAUGCUGAGGCAUCCAGCUAGAGAUAUCCAGAUUUUGGCAGCCGAAACGAUGGCCAUUAUAGCUCGUGUUAGAAAGGCCAGAAAACAGAUCAGAAUUCGCAGUGGAAUACCGCUCAUACUGGACGUGAUGGACGUACCGGACGAGGUUCUUCGCCGGCCAUUCGACGACUUGAGCGAGGCUAGCAAAGAACUCGUGGCCGUCGCCAUUGGCUGCGCCAAGGUCCUAGAUUCCUUAGGCAGCAGUCCGAAGGUCAAGGAGGAGCUUCGCAAACACGGUGUCGUUCGUUUGAUGUCGCGUUUUCUGAGAUCGAAACACACUCAACUGAUCAUACCCACGAUGGGCAUCGUGCAGCAGUGCGCUGAUCUGAAUGUCUUCAGGGAGGCGUUUGAGCGAGUGGGCAUUAUCAACGAUUUGGUGCGACAUUUGAAGAAUGACAACGUGAAGCUAAAGGAGAACUCCGCCUUGGCCAUUUUCAAGUGCGCUUCGAAUCGGGAAACUCGAGCGAUGGUGCGUCGAGCCGGCGGUCUGGACCCACUUUGCAAACUCGUGCAGAGCGACAAGGUGCACGCCAACAAGCGUCUGCUAGCCGCGGUCACCGGCGGUAUCUGGAAAUGCGCCAUCAGUCCAGAGAACAUAAUGAGAUUCAAUCAGAAUAGUCUGGUAGCAUCGCUGGUGCCUCUACUCGAGGAGAACGAGGACGAACGGGUGUUGGCCAACGUCGUGGGCGCCCUUGCCGAGUGCUGUAAGGAUCCCGCUAACAGGAACGUCUUGAGGACUAACGAGGGUCUACCGAAACUGAUUAGACUAUUGAGCGCCACGUACGAGCCAUUACUGGAGAACGUGCCAUUGGUGCUGAAAGAGUGCGCCGUCGACGAGAGAUGCAUGGACAUUAUCAACGACCCGGACCAUCGGCUGGACGGCGUGCGAUUAGUUUGGUCCCUGCUGAAACACCCCAGCGAUGUAAUCAAGCGUAACGCUUGUCUCGCUCUGGUACCCUGCAUCCGACACGCCAAGGAUUCACCGGAAAUGGUGCGUGCCUUCGUAGGCGGCUUGGAGCUCACGGUCAGCCUCCUGGAGAGCAAGGACACGGAAGUGCUCAGCGCGGUAUGCGCGAUGAUCGCGGAGAUCGCUACCGAUCCUGAGAACUUGGGUAUCCUGACGGAUCACGGCGUCGUGAAAAAGCUGGCCGCCCUCGUGGAAACUGACGACGAAAAUUUGCGGGCAAAUCUGACGUUGGCGAUAGCCUAUUGCUGCGAUUGGGAUCGGAACAGUUACGAAUUCGGCAAAUUAAACGCAGUCGCGCCGCUCGUUAAUUACAUGACGAGCAAGAACAAGGACGUGUUGAAGGGUGUUUGCAUUGCCGUGUACCAUUUGAGCAAGGAGCCCUUAAAUUGCGUGACCAUGCACACCUGCGGCGUUAUCAAGCACGUAUUACGCUUGGUGGGCUCGGACGAUCCAGAAGUGCAGAUUGCAGCUGCAUCUACUAUUCGUCACAUAAGAAAGCUCGCGUUGACUGCAGAGAAGUUUCACUUCAAUGAAAUGUAAUUUUCUCACACUUUUUAUGAAUUUGAAUCCUAAAAGCACAACCUAAAUUCUAUUUUAAUGAAAAAUGAUUAAUAUUUCGUUUCUUACUUGUAACUCUAAAUAUUGGUAAAUAAUUCUUAGUUUAUAUUUGGUAAAAUUCUAAAACAAAUAUUCAUUUUAUCGCAAUCUCAUUUAUACCGGAACUUACAAUAGUAUUGUGCUCUUAUAAAUACAUUUAUUUGCGCUCUUCAGGAUUAAAUUAUUUUAGUUGUUUUGCUUUUACUAUUUAAUGAAGCUGCUGUAUACAAUCAUUUGGGGUUUUCACAGGAGCUCGUUACAGGAAAUCGAUUUCCGUUUGUGAAUGACGUCAGUUAACAGCGGAAGAGAGAAAAAGAGAGGAAGAAGAGGAAGUGAAUAAAAUUAAAACAUUUAUUGUGGUGCGUGUAUAGUGGUUUUAAUUUCUAUCAAUAUAUCUAAAUUUACAUUUUUAAAACCCGUAAUAUUCUCUUCUCGGCAGUACCAUAUAAAGAAUUUUGAGAGGAUGGAAAGUGAUGGAAAAAGACAUAGAAAAUUUUCCCUUAGAUUUUCAUAGGAUUCACAAAUGGAACACCGACUUGGUCGGACACGUGGUUAUUAACUACUAAAUUGUACAAGGUGGUGAUUUAAUUUGAGCAAUAUACACAUAUCCUAAGCUUGUUUCUAUUAUUUCAAAAUAAAAGAGAUUUAAGGAUGUCGAUAAAGUAUACCAUAAACAUAAGAAGACGACUGCAUGCAAGUUACGAUGCACUCUCACAUAUAUAAUGUACAAAUUUAAGCUAAUUGUGCGUGUCGUUCCAUUGACGACUCAUGAACUAACUAGAAGGCAUAAUUCCUGAUUCGUAUCAGAAGUCGCCUUACCACGAUAUAACAAUUAAAUGGCAACAUUAGUUAUCAAACAUUGAAAAUCUUUAGAUUUAUCGAUGUAUAUUUAUGUAUCUGAAUAUAUCAUAUAUCAUUUCCCUUGAAACUUUACUAUUUUUAAAUAUUUAAAUCAUCCUUACUAGCUUCUCAACAAUGCCUGAUAAACAACUUACCUAGUAAAACGUACCUAGUAAAAGCCGGUUUCACCAACAUCAAUAUGAUCCUUUUCAAAUUGAUACCGUAAAUAUUUCAAGAUAAAAAUCGAUAUAUAAUUAAUGUUACUUAAAAAUUUUUGGAAAAAAAAAAUUAGAUCAGAUUAGAGUUUAAUGUUGGUGAAACUUUCCUCUAAAAGUAAAGUAUUCCAACACACAAUAUAUCGUAAACGAUUACGCAAAUGGCAAAGACACACGCGAUCAGUCUAUCCUAUUAUACAAAAACACUCCAGGUUUUAUUUUCAGACUGGCUCGGAAUUACCAUGAACGAUAAGCCGAGCCUGUUUAAAAAUAAAACGCUUUUCCAUGCUGAAACUUGUUUUAACCACGAUAUUCUGUAAUUUUGAAAGCAGGCUAUUAUAUUGUAAAUGUUUUUUUUAUUUUCAGAGGGGAGCUUUUCUCGUUCGUGCAUCCUUCAUUAUCUAUUCACAAUUUUGGACAGCUUUGGUUUUCCCUGAUCCACUUGACAGUUGCUUAUUGUAUCUAGGAUAUUCAAAAUUUCUAUUUGUUUGGCAUUUUCAUCUUUGUAGUCGUUAAUGUAACAACGCUCGAUAAUAUUAUGUAAACCACGAAAUCCAUGCCCUCUAUCUCUCUUUCUCUCUCUCUUUCUCUCUGCUAGGAAUGAGUAAAAAGGGAAA